AAAAGUGUCAAAAUUGUCCAAAAUAAUAACACGUGUAGUUGGAGCUGCAUUCCAGACAAUUAUUAAAUAUUACAGAUAAUUUUAUAAAAUCAAUCGAUUUUGUAAAAUGUCUGAGGAGCAACAAAAAGUCGCGUCAGAAGAGGCACCGGAAACAACACCGGCCUCAGUUGAAAGUAAUGAAUCAACCGGUGACACAACAACAAUCAAAAAUAAUACUACUGCCACAGAAAUAAAAAAAUCAAGUGGGGCUAAAAAACCCUUGGCAAAGAAGCAAACAAAAAAGAAAUCAGCUGGUGCCCAACAAAUACGCGGCUUACCCAAGUCGGGACGUCCAUGGAAAACACCAAAGGAAAAGUUCUCUACAAUAAAAAAGACCACACAUCGCUUAUCAUUCGAAAAGAAGACGGAGCUGCGUAAUCAACUGAGGCACAUAAAGGAAAUGUCACGCAACAUUAAAGAACAACGUAAAGAAGCUGCAGUACAAAAGAAUCAGAGACGUAUCGAAAAUGCAGAACGUCGAUUGGCCAAUGAACGACGGGCGGAAGUGGUGCAGGUCAUCAAGAAUACAUCGAAAUUGAAGCGCAUGAAAAAGAAGCAAAUGCGUAUGAUUGAGAAGCGAGAUAUUAGUCAAGUGAAGGUGGUGUAAUUUAUUGUGAGUGUUGACUGCUGGUAGUGCGUCUACUUUGCAGCUCAAAGCGGGGGGUAGCUUAAGUUUUAUAGUAACUAAUUUUUUAACAAAAAUGUGUUCUAAAAUCUGACUUUACAGAUUGAAAUGCCUUCAAGACAUAAAGUAAAUUGCAUACUUUUAGGCGCCACCCGCCUAGUUCUUGAAAUGUUGAUUACAAUUAAAAUAAAUACAUAGUUGCAUAU